GUCAGUCUGUACCUUUAGAAAAUAGUCCUCCUUUCCCACUUAGGACCUGAUCCUGCAAAUUGCUCUCCACAGGCAGACCCUUAUGUUUGGGCAGAGCACUGCACUUUUGAAAUAAGUAGGGCACUGCAUGGGUCUCAGGGUUAGCCACGUGGAGACGCUUGCAGGAGCACGGCAUAAAAUUAUUCAUCUAUUUUGCAAUGAAUCUGAACAUCACAUUUAGGUGCUGUUUUAUUUUCCAGUUUCAGUUAUAAACACACAACAGUUCAUCUUAAACAGGAAAAGCACCAUGAUUUCUCAAAGAAAAUAUAAAAUAUGCUUUAAUCUUAAUUCAGAUUUUAAAUCCAAAUUAAUACAAUUUUCAUUUAACUGUUUGUAUUCGCUUCUUAUUUUUCAGAGUUCUUUGAAAAAUCCUUAGUGGUCUUGACAAUGUUACAAGUGACAUAAAUUAGCCAAUGGCACAGCAUGAUGGAUUCCCAGAAGACUGGAAAUGGUUUGCAAGUGAUUGGACAAGGGACUGGUAUAGGGAUAUCUGCACUCCACAUGGUGGGGUAUUCGGGAAAAAACUGUAAUUCUGCUGAAGUAACGUCAGAUGAGUGCUGCCCAGCCUGCAAAGAGAAGGGCCAGAUACAAGCUUUACGGACUUACCGCAUUAGUUUUCAAGAGUCUAUUUUCCUUUGUGAAAAUCCACAGUGCAUCUACCCUCUGGGCUAUAAACCAUUAAACAGCAUAAUAAUUCCUGCUGAUUCAGAAAAUCAUCAAACUCAGAGAAAAAGGAAGAUUUUUGAAAUCAGUCCUACAGCUUCCCCCACUAAAUCAUGUUCAAAACAAGCUAGGACAAACAACAAUUUGAUAGAUGCCGAGCACACUUUAAAUACUGAUCUUGUUCUCAAGUGUAAUGGAUAUAAUUUGUGUGUGACCCAGCCAUGCCUACCUGAUUUAUCACCGGAUGAUCAGCAGAAACAUAAUCGGACGACUGAGUCUCUGGAGCAUAAUGUGGACUUGGCAACUGCUAUUACUGUUGGUGGUGCACAAGAAAGUCCUGACUCUAAUUCCAAAACAGAACUUUUCCCAAAUUCUGAACUUUGUUCAAUAAAAUCUGAAAUCUUGCAUGCAGAAAGAUCUUGCAUGCAGAAAUCUUCAUUGUUCAUGGGGCAUUUGUGUCUUCAGUGGAGGAACAUAUAUGCUCUAUGUUGGUUAGACUGUAUUCUGUCAGCACUGGUACACUUAAAAACUUUAAGGAUUGCUGUGACUGAAGCUUGCACUGAAGAAUCUGUAAUCCAGAGGCUGUUUACAAAAUAUAACCAAGCGACUGCACUCUUGAAUACCUGCCAAACAAAUAAGCUAAAAGAUGUUCUUCCAAAAGCGGAGUCACAUCUGAAUGAAAUCAGAAAUACGAUAUUUGCUCAACUUCAACCCCAGCUUAAGUGUGAAUUGGGUAAAAAGGAAAGUCCAGUAUUUGCAUUCCCUCUGCUUUUACGAAAGGAUCCCCAAGUCGAGACACUUUUCCUGCAUUCUUUUUCAUGGAUGUUUGAAUGUUUACAUUGUGGCUACAGCCACCAAGACAGGUGUAGGAAGACACUAACAACAUUUACAAAUAUAAUCCCUGACUGGCACCCACUUAAUGCUAUUCAUAUUGCUCCAUGUAAUAAUUGUAAUGAUAAAUCUCAAAGAAGAAAAAUGAUUUUGGAAAAAGUACCCUCAAUAUUUAUGAUACAUUUCGUAGAAGGUUUGCCACAUAACGAGCUGAAGAACUAUUCAUUUCAAUUUGAAGGAGAUUUCUACCAAAUAACAGCUGUUGUUCAGUAUCAGCAAGAUCCAGAACACUUCAAAACCUGGGUUUUGAAUCCUGAUGAAACUUGGCUUGAAUGCGAUGACAUCAAAGGUCCAUAUUGUGAAAAACAUGAGAGAUUUGAAGUUCCUGUUUCAGAGAUUCACAUUGUCAUCUGGGAAAGGAAAGCAUCCCAAGUGCCAGAUAAAAUUUGCUCACAAGUCCAAAGUGUAAAAUCUGAAAAUCUUCCUCUUAAUGAUGCACAGUCAAGUUCUUCUCUAGUGUCAAACUGUGAUGGUGAUAAUGCCGUAGACAAAAUAACUCCAGUAUGUUACGAAAAGGAGAUUGUGGGCAUUCCUGCUAAUGAACAACAAAAAGUGGCCAGAGAGAAUGAAAAUAGCUUGCUUGCUGGCUUAGAAAAUUUGGCAGAUGAUGAUAUUAUAACUCUGACACUUGUAGAAAUUCAAGUUGAUUCUGAAGGUAAACCACUGGACAAUGGACAGAUAGUGGGAAAUAACCUAAUGGCUGAAACAGGCUUGCUGAAAGAGCAGGGGUCAGCUUGUUCAGAUCAAACUCCAUGUACAGAUGAUGUUUGUAGUCAGACUACCUCCAGCAACAUGUGCACACCAUCUGAAAAUGCCUGUAUUUCCUCACAUCUCAGACAGUUGAACCUAGCGCAUACUCCGUCUACUGUUCCCGCAAACCAUUGUAGUGACUCGUCCACGCCAUCACACGCUCAAGAGGCAGAGGCCAAAGCUAGCCCAGUCAACACUGAGAAUAUCCUGUUAAAUCCAGAACUUUUGCAGAAUAAGAAAUUACCGUUAAUGGAGAACAUUAUGCAGAAAUCAUCUAACACCAGAAACACAAGCAAAACUGGAGCAGAGACUCAGGCUGCAACUUUGUCUGCUACAAAUAAUUCCUCCCAGUCUUUGCAUAAAGAUCAAAAGAAAGGAUUUGUAGGAAGUUGGGUAAAGGGGUUAUUAAGCAAGCAUAAUGCCUUCAUGCCUUCAAGUGCCUUAACCCAUCAUAAGAAAAGUUACAAAAAUCCUUCUUUACUAAGAGCUGCUGACUUACAUCUCCCUACUAAGGGGGCAGCUAAUUUUGGUGGUUUUCAAGCCAAAGGUACAUGCAAAACAACUGAGGAGGCGCCUAAAUCAGCUGUUUGUCAAGAUGGAAAUCUUCCUCCUUUAACAAACAUCACUGGUCCUUCUGUAGAUGCUUGUCUACCUGCAGUAAACCCUGUAGUUGAUGGUCCAACUUUGAAUAAGUCUGGAAGCUCAUUGGGCACCUGGAGUAAAGUAAUUCAGCCCAGCACUCCCAUCUUUAAUUCCAAACCUAGCCCUGGGGAAAAUGGAAAUCACAAAUCUGACGUGAAGGAUCAAGAAUCAAAUGCCAAAACUCACAAACUUCGUUUAAAACUGCUUAAAAAACUGAAGGCUAAAAAGAACAAGUUGGCCUCACUUGAUAGGCUGGCAAAGACUCAGAUGUGUAAUGGAAGCUCUCCAAAUAGAGAUGUAGAAGAUCUCUUACAAUUUGGAUCUCAUCAUGAAAGUGAAUCAGUACAGAACUUAUUGAAGGAAUUGCAGUAUCAGAUUGAUGCUGCCGAUAGUGAAUCUGUAUAUAGUACAAACUCCAAUAUGUCACUAUGCACUAGCCAGAGUAAUGCAGAGUUUUUAGCAGACUUAUUGUCUCCUACUUCCAUUGUUGCUUCUUCGGAGCUUCCAAAAGAUGAAGAUGAGUGUAGAUAUUUGGAAAUGGUGGACAGCAAUACUGCAGCACUAGUGCAUAGUGAGAGAACCAACCUCACAUGCGUCACUGUGGCAAGCGAAGACCAUAAUUAUUACAGUCCUGUAAAAGAAAGCAAGUAUGAAGGUAACACAGACUCACUAAUAAACAAAUCCUGCUUGAAAAGACUUUCCUUUGAAAGUCCCACAAAGGAAGAUAUCCUUGAAGACCUCUUCUCCCCUGCAGUCUUGAACUCAAUAGCAGGCGACAUAGAUUUACCUCAUUUUGAUGAAACUCUGUUUGAAACGUGUUGAAUUGUUGUAAUAUUUGUUUUUAACACUUGAGAAUUUUGUAUAUCAGCUUUCACACAAAGUAAUAUUAAAUUAUAUUUUCAAACUAGUUUAUUUGCACACUGGCUGUACUUGAAUGCUGAAAAUCUGAAGUAUGUCUCUUAAAUUUCAUUGUAGCUGUUGAAUAAGAUUUUUAGUCUUGUUUAACUUUUCCAAUUAAAUAACUGAGAGUUGAUCUUUCACAGA